AUGGGCUACAACUAUCCCAUGUUAGGUUUUGCACCUUAUGGCCCUUACUGGCGCGAGAUUCGGAAGAUCGCCACUCUCCAACUCCUCUCUAACGGCCAGCUUGAGUUGCUCAAGCAAGUGCACGCCACGGAGAUUGCUGUGCGCAUAAAGGAGUUGCACCGGCUUUGGGCGAAGAAAGAUGGAUUUUCAGCUAAAGUUGAUUUGAAGAAAUGGUGUGGGGACAUGACACUCAAUGUAGUGCUCAAGAUGGUUGUCAGGAAGCGAUGCUUCGAUGCUUCAAUUUUGAUGGCCAUGAUGAGGGUGAAAGCGAGGGAAUUAAGGAGGUUCCGAGAAGCGAUUACGCAGUUUUUUUAUUUACUUAAGGUGUCGGUCGUAUCGGACUUGCUACCUUUCGUUGAGUGGCUGGAUUUGCAUGGAUACAAGCGGACCAUGAGGAGGACGGCGGAGGAACUCAACUCCGUCCUUGUAAGUUGGUUAGAGGAGCAUCGACGGAGGAGAUUCUCCGACGAGAACAACGACAAUCAGGACUUCAUGGAUGUGAUGUUGUCGAUCAUGGAAGGUGCCCAGUUCACAAGUUAUGACCUUGAUACAAUCAUCAAGGCAACAUGCAUGGGGCUUAUCCUAGGUGGCACAGACACCACAUCAGUCUCCCUAGCAGGCGCCCUUUCCUAUAUGGCAAGCAAUCACCACAUCUUAAAUAAGGCCCAAGAUGAGCUGGACAUGAACAUUAGCAAAGACAGGAACGUGGACAAAUCAGAUAUCAAGAACCUGAGUUACUUCACCACAUAUAGCGAGUAUGAUGGUGACCUGGUUCUUAUGGACAACAAUUGUGCAUGUAAGAUGAUAAGAAUUAGUUCGAUUCACAUUAGAAUGUAUGAUGGAGUGGAGUAUACUCUAACAGAUGUGAGGCACAUUCCUAACUUAAAGAAGAAUAUGAUAUCUCUAGCAUCUCUUGAGGCACUCGGAUGCAAAUUCGUCGGUUAUGAAGGUGUUCUGAAAGUAUUUAAAGGGGCAGUCACUGUUAUAAAGGCACAACAGAGCAAAAACCUUUACCGGUUGAUCGGGAACACUAUAUCGAGUGGAGCUGUUGUGUCUGUAGCGAAAUACACAUUAGCACGUGUGUAG